AAAUAAGAAAUCCGACCAGUGCCAUACGGACGUAGAAUGCACCACACGUAUUCGGCCGCCGCUGCCUGUUGCUCCGUGGUUACCGUGUAAACACAAUAAUAAAAGCCGAUAUUCUUUGUCGUCGUCGUAAAUAGGCGAAGAGUACGCGCACGUACAUAACGAUAUUCUAUUCUUUAUAUGCAUAUAAAUGUGAUAUUAUCAAUAUUAUACACGUAUACACAAUAUAUAAUAUGUUAUAAACCGUUUUUCGUUAGCAUUGUAUUAAUUUUACGUUUUCGCGGAGAAAAAUUGUUAAAAUAAAAUUUCUGUCGUUUUCCGAGUGCAUGUGUGUGUGCGAUUUUCGUCUGCGUGCCGGUCCGAUUUGCCCAAAAUAUAAGAACGGAUUAUACACGUCCGAGAUCCGAGGCAAUAUGUGGAACGGAGCGGCCGGUCGCACGGGAAGCAGAGACUCGAUGACUCAGUGAUAGUUUCCGCAAAACAGCGGAAUAAACCGCCGUCGACGGAUUACCGACACGGCACACAGCAGCACCUGAGCAGUACUUAGCUGUCUUAGCGACGGUGGGUGUCACCGUGUACACACACCACAUAACUGAGGGGAUAGUCACAUGUCAUCCGCGGUGGACGGACAGCAACAACAACAGCCGCUGGCCGGUGGUUCGCCGCCUAUGUCAGUGGUGUUGGCGCAGCACUGCUGCAAAGAAGAAUCAUCGCCGGGCGUAUCGCCGCCGCACCCACAGACCGCAAUGUCGCCGACGACCGUCCAAGACAUGCCGCCCGAGAGCACGUCACCCGUGAUGCUGGCCACCAUGCAACCAGUGAGCGUGGACGAAUUCCAAGCGUCUGAUUACCACCAUCAAAACCACCACCACCAGCAGCACCACCACCACCAACAGCAGCAUCAGCAACAUCAACAACAACAACAACAACAACACCAUCACCAGCAGCAGCCGGACGAUCCGCUGGACCAGAAGACUGUCAUUUACAUACCGGGCACAGAUCCGCAGCAGACCAUCAUCUACGAUCCGCAGAACCCCGAAGGGUCGUUGCCACCGGGCAUCACGAUCCAGCAGGAUCCGGCCAACGGUUCAGCAGUGUCCGUGUUGGUCCAGGGGCAAGCCGGACACCACCAGUACCUGGGAGCGCCGGGUACCACCGUGUUGGUCAUGCAGGAAUUGGUCGACGACAUGGGUCACAUAUUGCACAGGAGACGGCGGGGUAGCUGCAGCGAGGACGACGAGGUCACCGGCGCCGUUGUCGACGGCGACGGACAGCAUCACCACCGCCGGCGACACAAUCAUCACCGCGACGACGGCAUGGCCGAUUCGGACACGAACGGUGGUGGUGGCGCCGGGGGAGGAGGAGGCGGUGGCGGGGGUGGCGGCGUGGUCGAACAACCCGCCGAGCCGGGUGGCUGGAGGCAGUCGUACUACGAGCACCCGCUGACCGCCGCCACGUCAGCCAUGCUCAACAUUUCGGGCGGCGCUUCCGGAGACGAACAGGGCCAGCAGUCGGGCCAGGGACAGGGCCAGGGCGGUGCACCACUCAGUUUCGUCUACGAGUAUUACAAGCUGCCGCACCUGUCCGACUCCGUCAAGGACAAGCAUCUUGCCGACAUAUGGCCAACGACAUCUUCACCGAAUGGUUCGCUGUUACCAUCGCAGUUGAAACCGUCCAACGGACUUAUCGGCACGGGUCCAGGAGGACUAGAAAUCGGCGCCGGACACCUGGGCGAUUUGCAGGGACUCUUCUUGCACCAGCAACCGCUUAAGCGGGAGCCCGAGGACCUGAGCCAUCACCGCGGUGGCGGGCCACCAAACAAGGGUAACAACAAUGCAGACGGUCUGAAAACGAUCGGAGGACGUCCAAAAGUGGUGUUGGUCGCGCCCGGUAACAACGGCAAUCAGCAGGACCAACAGCAACAGCAACUGGUCGUGGACGUCGUAAACAACAAUAACAAUCAGCAAGCGAACAAUAACAACGCGGUGGGCGGCGUGAAAGAAGAGUACGGCGGUGGACACCAUUCGCCGCAGCACAACAGUCGGUCGAUAAACGGCACGCCGUCGUCCACGUCAUCCCUCAUCACUGAGAUGAACCCGCCGCCGCCGGCCAUAGAGUUAAUAGCCACGCCGGAUGGCCUGAAGCCCAUGUACGGCACGCACAUAUUCACCACCAUGACCGGACAGCACGCCGACAGUGGUACGCCGUCCCCCAACUCGUACGAACACCAGCAGUACACCACGUCGUCUGUGCUGUCUGGCGGCGGUGGUGCCGGCAACCCAGGUGGCUACAUCACCACGUCCGGUGGCCGGACCCCGUUCGCCGACCCAUACACUUACCGCGAGUACUUUGGCGGCGCCGGUGGAGGCCCCGAACCGGGCCCGUACGGCUCGCAGAUCGGCGCUGGCGGCGGUGGCCGGCAGACCGCGUCCUCCUACGGCGGCGAUGCCUCCGACCCUGGCGCCGUGUCCAACGCCGCGGCCACCGCGUCGUUUGUUGAACGGUACGUCCGACAAAGCUCGUACCACAACAAGGGCGUUAUCGCAGCAGCCGGGCUCACCGUCGACCUGCCGUCGCCCGACAGUGGCAUCGGCGCGGACGCCAUCACACCACGUGACCAAAACGCCAUCCAACAGUCUUUCGAUUACAACGAGAUGUGCCAAACACCUAGCAUGUUGGGCGAACACCAAGCACAGCGGACGCCCACCGGAGGACGGUCGAGACCGUGGCACGACUUUGGCAGGCAAAACGAUGCGGACAAAAUACAAAUACCAAAAGUAUUCUCCAACUAUGGGUUCCGCUAUUAUUUGGAAUCCCCGAUCUCUACCAACCAGAGGCGUGAAGACGACCGGGUGACGUACAUCAACAAAGGCCAGUUUUAUGGCAUUACCAUGGAGUACAUACCAGACCCAGAUAAACCGCUGACCAGUCAAACAGUCAAGAGCGUGGUCAUGCUGAUGUUUAGAGAGGAGAAAAGUCCAGAUGACGAAAUCAAAGCGUGGCAGUUUUGGCACGGCAGACAGCAUAGCGUCAAACAACGAAUACUCGACGCCGACACGAAAAACAGUGCCGGCCUGGUGGGAUGCAUCGAAGAAGUAUCACACAACGCCAUCGCCAUUUAUUGGAACCCUCUGGAGAGUCCGGCAAAGAUCAACGUCGCCGUGCAAUGUCUUAGUACGGAUUUCAGCAGCCAAAAAGGCGUAAAGGGUUUGCCGCUGCACCUGCAAAUCGACACCUACGAAGAACCGAGAGACGGACCUGUGUACCACAGGGGAUAUUGUCAAAUCAAAGUUUUCUGUGAUAAGGGAGCCGAAAGGAAGACCAGAGACGAAGAGCGGAGGGCGGCCAAACGGAAAAUGACUGCCACGGGUCGCAAGAAGAUCGACGAACUCUAUCAUCCACCGUGCGAGCGUUCCGAAUUCUAUUCGAUGAGUGACCUCAACAAACCGCCGGUGCUGUUCUCACCCGCCGAGGACAUUGACAAGCUGACGUCGAUGGAACUCCAGGGAUUCUAUGGGCACGACACGGACACGUCCAGUCUGUCGAACGGCGAACCCGGUUCGAUGAAGCAUUCGUCGCCUUUCCUGUUGCACUCUGGCGUGGCCAACAAGCCAGCUGGCACGACGACCACGCAGACGCUCAAGUUCCACAAUCACUUCCCACCGGAUACGCACAACGUGUCUUAUUACAACAGCGAGAAGAAAGAAGUGCUGGACCAGAGUGGACUGACCACGGACGGUACGGUGUUCUCGAGUCCGCCCAACAAGCGAACGAAGCUACAGGUGCCGCCCAUCAACGAGCGAGUGAUGUUGUACGUGCGGCAGGACGCCGAGGACGUGUACACGCCCCUGCACGUCAUACCGCCGACGACCCAGGGACUAUUGAAUGCUAUUGAGGCUAAGUACAAAAUUUCUGCUUCCAGCAUUAGUAACAUGUAUCGAAAAAACAAAAAAGGGAUUACGGCCAAAAUUGAUAAUGAUAUGCUCAAAUAUUAUUGUAAUGAAGAUUCAUUUCUAUUGGAAGUCAGACACGCCGAAGAAAAUGAGAACAUGCUUGAUAUUAUACUGAUUGAAUUUAUGGACCGUUAGUGGUCCAAUCAAAUUGUUUUUAAAAUGAAAAAAAAACUUCAAAAUUCCUAUCAUUUACCAAGCUAUGCUCAUUUCUUUACUCAACAACAUAUUUUGUUUAAGAAAUAUGUGAAAUUAUUCAAGUCGAUACGUUAAUAUUAUAUAGUUUUAAAAUAGUGAUUAGAUCUUAAUAGGAUAAUGUACAUAAUUAUAAUAUUAUAGACUAUGUUUACAUUUAAUUUCCAUAUGAACAUCCAUGACGUUAUAUUUAUUGUACUUAAGUGUUAGAUUGAUGACACUAUUAUAUGACAAUAGUUCUAAAAUUUGUGCACACCUUAUGCUCAGUCAAUUUAAUUUUAAGUUGUUUAAUGAAACAGUAUUUUAGAGAUUUAUGUAAUUGGUCUAAUAAAUUAAGAUUAUAAUACAUAGAUAAAUACUUUUAUUUGUAUACAUAUAUUUUUUAUUAAGUAGUGAUUACUAUUUUGCAAGCAUCAAAAUUGAAUUGAAUGUGAUACAAGAGAACAGUUAUAAACUUAUUUAACUUUUGAAUUGUAUUGUAGCAUUAUAUAUUUCAAUUUGAUCAAUUAUGAUUUACAAAUUUUGACUGUAAAGUAUUCAAGACAAACUCUUUUGCUCAAUUUUUAUUUGAGGAACAAUUUAGUUUUAAAUCAUCAUGACAAUACAUUUUAUCAAUAUUGUUUAAUCGUUUAUAUUUUUGCUCAUCAAACGUUGUCAAUGGUAUAUCUUUUUGUUUUGUUUUUUUUUUUUUAAUCGAGGGACGAGGAUACUAUUAUUAUUAUAAGUAAACGUAGAUCAAAACAUAUUUUGCCAUGUUACUUCGAAAUUUAUAUUUUCAAAACGUUUUUUUGUACUUAUCUUUUUUUUUUUUGUAAAUAAAUUUAUUUUUAAUUAUUACGAAAUAAAAUAUAUUAAUGUAGAGUUAAUUAGUUUUAUGUACUUAAAAGUAUUAUGUUUUGUUUUUUAUUUAUCUAUUGUAAUUAUAAGUUCAAGUUAAUUCGUGUUAUAUUUUAAUUUUACCCAAAUUUAUAUCAAAUAAUUAUGUUAAAUGUAAAUAAUAUAAAAUGUAACGUAAAACAUUCCAGUUGACUUUGAAUUGUUGCUCUAUUUAUUAGUAAAACGAUAUAUUUCUUGCCAUUUAUGUUUAAUUUUAUUAUUUUCAAUCAAUACAAAAUGUAUCUAUCUUGAGAUCUGUUAAGUAAUAAUGUAAAGUGGUCUUAACAUCUAAAAUUGCCAAAAUUAGUAUCAUUUAUAGUAACUUUGAUCUCAUGUUGCUGGUUGUUCAAUAUAAGACGUUUUUUUUUUAUCAAAAUUAAUUUUUAAAAGUAUUAAAGUAUUUAGUUAGUAUUGAAUUAAAUUAAGGCUAAACCCAGUACGCAUGACAAUUUUUUUGUGCAAUUUUUAAGCUACAAACAUUUUCAUUAUCCAAUAAAAAUUAUUAAUAAAUGUAGCCCAAACAGAGUGCCAUUUUUAUUUAUUUUUUUAUACUAAAUGAUUAUAUGACUUUGAAAGACACAUAUGUAGCCACUUAUUAAACCCACACAGUUUAUUAUUGUAAUAAUCAUACUAUUUAUUUUUAUUUUUAUUUUUUUUUUUGUCAAUACUGCCAAUACUAAAUAGUAAUUGAAUAACAUGUUUAUUAUUGUCUUAACCAUAUGAUUGUCAGAAAUAUAUAUAUUAUAUAUAAUAUAUGUUUAUAUAUAUAUAUUUACGAUAUAAUUAUAAUAUAUUUGUAUGUUCAA